AUGAAAGUAAUAUUAAUAACUUUGUUUCUAAAUUAUGAAUUGUUCGUCUGUAAAACUGUCCAUAAGGUACACAAACAGACACAAGGAACGAACUUCCACGUCCGAGGCCAACCACAAUUUAAGAAAGGACACAAAGUCUUCAGAACAGAAGAUAAGGUACUCUAUCGUCGGAGAGACUUUCCCGAAUAUGACGUCACAGGAGUAUUCUGGGGAGGCCAAACAGAUUUAGAGAGAAUGCCAAAACCAUACACAACAUCUACAUUCCUACCACCACCAGAGCGAGAGGAACCGGUACUCACGCUCGCUCCAACUCCAGGAGAAGAUGAAGAGCCUAUAACGAUGCCUCCAACUUCAGGAGAAGAUGAAGAGCCUAUAACGAUGCCUCCAACUCCGGAACAUGAAUUAGAGUCUCCAGAACAAAUAGAUGAUAAUACUUGGCCUUAUUUGAGACCACCGAGUACAGAACCGACCGACACUGUGUACACGAACUACCCUGGUUACCCAUACGAACCUCCUCCUUUCUUGGACUCAGUUAUAAAAGACCGUGAUAAAGAUAAUUAUAUAAAGUUAACACCUCAACCUACACAGAGUUACCAGCGACCUCCUGACGUCAUCUACGAUUAUACAAACACAGAACCAGGCCCCACCAAUGAUGGGAUCACAAAUCACACAUAUUAUGUUUCAAUUCCGUUAAAUACAAACAAACCAAGUGAAUAUACCAUUAACCUUGAAGCGUUUCCUUCUUCAGUACCAGCGUUACCACCAGACAUUGAUAGCAUGUACACUCUUAAACCUGAGCCAAAUAUUGUCACUUGGUCGACACCUACAACUACAACUUCAACUUCAACUCCAAGCACUACCAUAAAACCGCUUUGGAAAGUUGUUCAACGCAAUGUCGGAAGAUCUAAUUUGAAUUCUAAUGUGACUAUAUCAGAAAAAGAUAAGUCACAUGUUAAGAAAUGGUUCAGUAAAGUAACCGCGGGAACUCCUGUUCAGAAGUGGUUUUCGUCCUGGGUCGGACUUACUACUGGGCUACAGAUGAGUACAUUGUCCAAAACGCAAAUAUGGCUUCAAAAAAUGAAGGAUUUAGGUAUUCCUGUACACAGAGACGAUCCUGUGGACUACAAAUUGUCCACUACCACGAGAGCAACGGCAAGCUUUAUACUAAAAACGGACAGUCAUGAUAUAUUGAGAAAAACACCCGAGUACAAUCCAUUGACGAGCACCACUAUACCUACUGGAUCACCAGGCACUCCGGGGAACGUAUUAUAUAAAGAUAUUGUAACCUUCGCCACUCCAGCUCUAUCAUUAAGACAAGUCUACUUCAAGAUGAUGGAGGACAGCAACGAAGGAUUUCUAACCAUCUUUCUACAGGAAAUAUUCAGGAUCACAUCCGAGAAAGAUAAGAGACUUGUGAAAGAACUGUUAAUGGAAGUGGAACCUCACAUAAAUACUUGGUACGACACUGAUCGACUGAAGUGGUUCGGACAACCCCUGGCUGACACCAUCGUGAAGCUUUCCCGGUUCCUCAGCGUAUCAGAGAUCGAUAACAUUAGAAGCUACUCAUCAAUGCUGUAUCAUAUGCUGCAAACCAGGAAGACUGCUGUAGCAGUUGAUUUAAACUCCAUUAUAGAAUAUGCUGAUCUGCUGUACACUGAUGGCGAGGGAUGGGAACUCUUCGAUGCCAUUAUGGAGUAUGAACAAUAUCCUAAUGGUACAAGAAACGCAAAACAGCUUUGUGAAUUUAUAUUCGACUGUUUUAUGAGACCGUACAGAAGACUCAGCCAUUUAGAGCGCGGUCAAACGCUAUUCAACUCUAUCAAUACCGCCUUAAAGAAUAAAUUCCUUACACGAAGACUUAAUGGAAUACUUUUUAGAAUUGAACCACGAACAACAACAAAUGGAAUAAAAUCGAAAUAUCUCCAAGAAGUAUACAAACGCAGCAGACGAAACAGAAAAAAAACGAAUGAGAAGAAAGAAGUAGCUGAUGAUGUCAUAAAUCAUUUCUCUUCUCGAUCCAAUAGCAUAAAAUUUGCAAAAACUACAAAAAAGUAUACUAAAGUAAAAACUCCGGUCAUCAACAACUAUUACAUUUUAACAGCAACUAAAACUAAUAAUAAAGCUGUGAGAUAUAAAGUCAAUUAUAAUAGAAUUAAAGAAACGACAAUAAAUUACAAAAAUCUACUAUUUGGUAAUAUUUUCGAUGAUCAGAAAGAAAGCAUUUUGUAUGCAGAUAGUCGUUUGGACAGAAAUCCAUAUUUCAAUGACUUUGAUGAUGUUAAACAUGACACUGCAUCAAAUAAAUAUCUUACAACUAAUCGUAAAGAAAUGCACAGAAAUACGGAAGAAGAGAGAAAUUCUGAAUUAGAAGAGAACCACUCAAAGUCGAAGUCGAAGUCAUUUAUUUCAGUGAGACCAAGAAGGCAAUUUUGA